AUGCAAAUUUCUCCUAAUCGGGAUCACCCGCCAACCAAGGAUAUAUGGCUUAGUUUGCUCAAGUUUUCGUCUAAACUGGGAUCAGUGGACUCCAAAUGCGUACAGUUAAUUAGUGUCAAUCGGGAUCCAACUAGAAACACUUGGACUGUCUUUGUGAAUGUUCCCGUUUCUGCUGAGACUCCGCCACGCUGUGACAUGUUUGGUGGUCGUUCUCCGCAUAUUAAUUUUGAAUGUGAGUCCCUUGAAACUCAAGACGAUGAGGACAAUAUGAGGUUCAAAUUGGAUUACAGUGAUGCUCUCAACCGUCAGCUGAUGGAUCCAUUAGACAGUACUGAAGCCCAAAUGUUCAUCAAUUGGUAUUUGAACGGGCAGAUCAUGGGUUGUCCCGUCAUUCGAUAUGACAUCACCCAUCACCACUUUGAUAAAGCCGCUGUAAUCUCUGGUCCUUUACCAAAAACCUUCUGUCAAGAGGUAUGA